AUGGUCUCUUUCAAGGCUAUCACUUCCUUUUUGGCCCUCACCAUUCUGUCGGCCACCGCAAACCCAAUCGACUAUGACGGCUCCCUCAUAGAAGAGCGCGACAACAACAGAACCGUCACCAUCUUCUAUUGCGUCAAGAAGCGCUUCAAGGGCACCUGCCAGAAGCAAAAGGCCCUAUUGGGGCAGUGCACCAACAUCGACAGCCUCAACGAUCGGAUCUCUUCCAUCCGUAUCGUAGGAUACCCUCACCAGGAGCAAAAGUGCAUCUGGUAUCUCGACUACAACUGCGGCAAGCUGGGUUACGAUAACCCCAGUGAUUCCAAUCUUGCUGACGGCGAUGGCAAAUUCAACGACGACAUCAGCAGCUUCAUGUGCGAGUAAGCUCUGCGGCCGACAAGAGCGGUUGUAAGCCGAGCUGAAGCGUUGGACUGUGCGUUGGCUUUUCUGCGCGGCUGUGGGUUCAUGCGGUACUGAUUAAGACUGAAAAUGUUAGACAGCUUUCGAUUUGUGCAAUAGAAUCAAGACUGCAGUUUGGUG